AUGCUAGUAAUAGCAAUUAAAAUAGGUGGAGGACAAAAGAAACAAGUCAUAUAUUUACAGGUGGUUUCGGUCAUAUCUAUAUUUUUUGUUAUCACGUCAAUCAUUUGUUUCUGUUUGAAAACUCAGCCGGAUUUACGCAUACCAGACAUCAAUAUUGAAUAUAAAAAUGAUACCAGUCAUUCAUUAUUUCUCACCAAAGUGGCUACCAGACCACAUCCAGCGUUUUUUUACGUUGAAUUGGUAAGCAACAUUUGGUUUACAAUGGAAUUGCUGGUACGCUUUUUAUUCUGCCCGCAAAUGUUAAAAUUCAUUCGGCAGCCCGCUAAUAUCAUCGAUCUGAUAGCGACGUCAUCAUUUUAUGUUGAUUGGGCUUUAGAUCAAGCAUUCUCAGGUGCAAACCGGGAUACCAUUGAAUUCUUCUCUAUUAUUCGUAUCUUACGAUUAUUUAAACUUACUCAACAUUCUUCAGGAUUGAAAAUUUUGAUUCAAACAUUCAAAGCAUCUGCCGAAGAGCUGUUGCUUUUGGUGUUUUUUGUUCUGCUUGGAAUAGUAAUAUUUGCUGCGCUAGUUUAUUAUGCAGAACGAAUAGAACCGAAUCCUGACAAUCAGUUUGAUUCCAUUCCUGUAGGGCUGUGGUGGGCAAUUAUUACGAUGUGUACUAUUGGUUUUGGGGACAUGGUUCCUAAGACUUAUUUGGGCAUGUUAGUUGGUUCAAUUUGCGCUCUAAUGGGAGUACUGACCAUAGCACUACCUGUACCAGUUAUAGUCUCUAACUUUGCAAUGUUUUACUCACAUGCUCAAGCACGCUCAAAGUUACCAAAAAAACGACGGCGUAUAUUGCAACCACAUGAAAUCAAGUCAAUAGUUGGAAAAUUGGCUACAGUUACAGUUUUCAGUAGUUUGACUGAUAAAAAUCCUUCACCAAUUCAUUCUGCGCAUGUAUGGGGGGCAUUAUCUGCAACAACGCCACUUCUGAUGUACCCAAAACAAAACAAUGAGACCGAUAAUCACUGUCAAGCAGAAAAAAAUGUUGUAAAUAAAUAA